AGAAAAAGAAGAAAAGGCAUCGGAACACAAGCACGCGGAAGACGGAGCCCACAUUCUGGUCAUUGUUUUGGAGUCCAGCAGUCGGUUUGGAGGUUGGCUGUGGUCCACCAGGAGAUCAGAUGGGGCAGUGUUUGAACAUGGACCUAGAGGGAUUCGACCUGCUGGGGCAGUGGGACGCAACACACUCAAUAUGGUGGAUGACCUGGGUCUUGGGGGGGAGAUUCUGCCAGUCACGCACAGUCAUAUUGCCUCCAAGAACAGAUAUCUGUAUGUCAACCAAAGGCUCCACAGGAUGCCUUCAGGAAUAAGUGGACUUUUGCGGACUGUCCCACCCUUCUCUCGUCCCCUCCUGUUGAGUGUUGCCAUGGAGAUACUGGUGAAGAAAGGCAAGGAGGACGACGAGUCCAUCCAUUCAUUUGUUACUAGGAGGCUGGGAAAGGAGCUGGCGGACAUAGCUGUGGACAGUUUGUGUCGUGGUGUGUUUGCAGGGGACUGCAGGAAGUUGAGUGUACGUUCUUGUUUUCCUGUCCUCUACAAUGCAGAACAGCACAGAGGUUCCCUGACACUGGGCAUGCUGCUGGGUUCAGGUCCCACUCCUGUGGUCCCUCCUGGCCCUCUGGCACAGAGAUCUUUUAAAGAGUCAUGGGCCCAGUGGUCCCUGAACAGGGGAGUGGAAUCCCUCCCAGAAGCCAUCACUGAGUACCUACAACACAGUGGAAGAGUGCAGCUUCACAGGGAGGCAGCUGUUAAAGAGAUCAGUCCUUCAGCCUCUGGUUGGAAGAUCCAUUUGGAGGAUGGAGUUCUAUCAGCUGACCACAUCAUCUCUGCACUACCUGCUAAAGCCCUCUCCUCAGCCCUGCCCUCCUCCUGUGAACCUCUCAUCCAACAGCUGCAGCACAUCUCCACGGUAACAGUUGCUGUUGUAAAUCUGGAGUAUGAGGGUUCCAUCCUGCCUGUAACGGGUUUUGGUCACCUGCUUCCAUCAUCAGAGGAUCUGGGUAUAUUAGGGGUGGUCUAUGACUCUGUACCCUUCCCUCAACACAACAGAGCCAAUGGACAGACUACUAGAUUGACGGUGAUGAUGGGUGGAGCCUGGUUCCAAGAAGUGUUUGGGGACCCAGAAGCAGUAACAGAGGAGCAUCUUUUAGCAAAAGCCAGUGAGGCAGUGCGCUGCCACCUGGGAGUCACCAAGGCCCCCAGCUGGAGUCGGGUGGCUCUGCAGAGGGACUGUAUACCUCAGUAUUAUAAAGGACACUUUCAGAAAUUAAAGUCUAUGCGUAGCUUCAUAAGGAAGAAUAAUCUCUCACUGUCUCUGGUUGGUUCCUCCUACGAUGGUGUAUCAGUGAAUGAUGUCAUCUUUAAUGGACGGACAGCUGUAUCGGAGUUGUUGGGAACUGGAGUUUGAUGGAGCUGGUCAACACUAAUGUCAUUCUGCAAGGUGUAGUGGUUUGAACAGCUUUAAGACUUGCCAGGAAAUGUCAACACUAGUCAAUAUAGAUGCUGAAUAGGUCUUUACCAUCAUUUUAAUUUGAUUUAGCUUAAAGUUAGCUUAUGUUCAAAUAUUAUAUAGCUAUAUAUUAUUAUUGCUUGCCAGUACAUGCCUACUUGCACUUUUUAAAGGUCCAGUGUGUAGGAUUUAGUAGCACCUAAAUUAUUAUUAGUUGCAGAUUACAAGCCCAUCGCCUUCCCCUCACCCUCCCCUUCCAAGCACAUAGGAGAAACUACAGGGGCUGUGAAACUUGCCAGUCUGUAUCUAGUAUUUGGUUGGUCCCUUCUGGACUACUGUACAUGGAACAUGGCGAACUCUGUAGAAGAGGACCUGCUACCUCUGUAGAUAAAAGAGCUCCUUCUUAGGUAAUGAAAAUAUAGCCAUCAAUAUUAUAGUCUAUUUCUGCACACUGGGCCUUUUUAAGCCUUAUUCUACCUAAAAAGUGCUUUUAAGGGUUUUUCCUCACCUGUCUGUUCUGUAGUAAAGAUUUCAUGAAGGUUUUAUUCUGACUGAUGAGCAUAUAUGACCUGCAUUUAUUGACAUCAACUAAGACAAGACUAAUAAAUGUAAAUGGUCAAAAGUCAAAAAGGUUGCAAACUGAUAUAAAUAAAAUUCACUUGGAAUGAC